AUGUCAGACCAAUCUCAAUCCGAAUGUCCAAUCGACCAUAAAAGUAGAGAAGCAUGGCUCCAACAAGCCCGAGCCGCCGGUGCCACGGAGGGAGUACCAUCCAUACCAUCGCAAUCCCUACCACCAGACCAUCCGUCUAUUCCGAGUACCGCUUCGAAAGAGAACAUAGAAAGCUGUCCCGUAGACCAUAAGGCGCGCGACGCAUGGCUGCAACAAGCUGCCCGAGCAGCUCCCCCACCUCUUCCGCCCUCCCAACAACAACCAUCACCAACCUCGUCCUCAUGGACAUCCUACCUCCCACGCAUACCAUUCUUCUCCUCUUCCUCUUCCUCUUCUACACACUCCCAACAAGCCACAUUACCACCAAACCACCCUUCCCUAGCCACAUCCCGAGAAAUCUCCACAAUACCCCGGUCCUCGAAACCCCUCGAUACCGAGACCGCGCGCCCCGCCAACACAGAGCAGGAGACCGGCGCAGACGCCACGUCGGGGAACUGGGUGUAUCCCUCGGAGCGCAUGUUCUUCGAAGCCAUGAAGCGCAAGGGCCAUGAUCCGCAAGCCGCGGAUAUGCGUGCUGUGGUGCCGAUUCAUAACGCGGUCAACGAGCGCGCGUGGGCGGAGAUCAAGGCUUGGGAGGAGCCGUAUGUAAGGGGCUCUACCACGGAAUAUAGCUGCGGUGGUCCACGGUUACAUUCUUUCUCUGGUCUGAGCACCCAGAUGUCCCCUCGUGCCCGCAUAAAUACUCUACUCGGCUACCAGGCCCCCUUCGAUCGACACGACUGGGUUGUGGAUAGAUGUGGUAAGGAGAUUGAGUAUAUUAUCGAUUUCUACGCUGGGCGAAAUAGUAAGACCAGCGAUGGAAGACUGUCCUUCUAUCUAGAUGUGCGGCCUAAACUAAACUCUUGGGAAGGUGUCAAGAUGCGAGCUAUGCGAGCUACUGGCCUGGCGUAA